UUCCCUAUAUUUGCAGGUCUUUAUUGGAUAACAAGACCUAUCUUGUUUCAGAAAAAAUCGUAAAACAAAAUCAGGCAAUUAUGGACGUCUUGGCAUCACAUUCAGUAUUGCUAAAUAAAAUCUAUAAAAAUGAAACGAUGCCCACCGAAGUGUCAACUGUUUUCCCGAUAAAAACGGUGGAAGAAUUAGAGAAACUGAAUAACGGUAUAUCUGAGGAGGAUAUUCCUUUUUAUGUUGCAACUGUUAAAAUGAAGAUAAAAGCUGGCGGUUUAAUUAAAAAUUUCAGCAAACUGAUUUCCGAAGACAUUUGUCUGAAGUACAAUUAUAAUGGAACACACGGCAAAUUGCCAUUUUGCCAGUAUUUAAAAAUUAACGGCUAUUUUGAAGGGGCAGUUGGUGAUGAAAAUUAUACUUCACUGAUCAAACAAGCAUUUAAAAGGCUUGCAUUUUCGUGGAGUUAA